AUGGGCGAGGGCGGCAGCGGCACGUUCGAAUCAAUCAGGGACUGGGUCACCGAGCACAAGAUGAGAUCCGUCGCUUGCUUGUGGGCGAGCGGGAUUGCUGGCUCGAUAGCGUACAACUGGUCGCAACCCAACAUGAAGACCAGCGUCAAGAUUAUCCAUGCUAGGCUGCACGCGCAGGCUUUUACGCUGGUUGCUUUGGUUGGUGGUGCUGCGGUUGAAUGCUAUGAACGUAAUCAAAGUGAAACUGCAAGAGCGAAAUGA